ACGAUAUCUGUAUCUGAUGUCUAUUUCGCUGGUUAAAUUACAUCCACGAUACGGGUCUAUCAGCGAUAAGCCUAUACGGGGGGUUGGGGUCUUUGAUUAUCUGGUCACUAUUUAAGCGGUGACUAUUGAAGAUGACACUCCAGUAAUCGCUAGUGCUUCAAAGGCUAGCGAUUUUCGGACAAAAUAUCUCAAGCAGAAUGAGUGCUAAAGUUCUGUGGAUUGCUGCCGUGCUCCUCUUGGUCACCGUAUCGGUCGCCAACGGACAACAAGCACGCUGUGAAGGUGUGGAUAAUUUUGGUUAUAUUCGUAAUCAGUUCUUCUGUUACCGCUUCUAUCAGUGCAUUGAUGGUAAUCCCUAUCCAUUGCGCUGUCCCGAUGAUCAGUGGUUCGAUGAGGAGCGUCAGGUGUGUGAUGAUCCAGUCAAUGUAACCUGCGAGUUGGAGGACCGUCCGCCGACAGUCACACCGACCCCAGGCAUUUGCAAUGACGUCGCGGACAACCAGUUUGUGCUGCAUCCGCUGUUCUGCAACGAGUACUAUCUUUGUGUCGGUGAGAUUGGCUUCCCGAUCAUGUGCCCGGUGGGACUGUGGUUCGAUCAGACGCGUCAGAUUUGCGGCGAUCCAGCCGAUAUUAGCUGCCCGCAUGGACGUCCAGGAGCGGCCCGUUGUCGAGACGAGCCUGACUUUGCGCUAGUACGCAGCGAGUAUGCCUGUUACCGGUACUAUCAGUGUGUGAAUGGAUUCCCAUACCCGAUGACUUGUCCCGAAGGGCUGUGGUUUGAUGCUGAACGCGACGUUUGUGAUGAGCCAGAUAAUGUGGAGUGUGAGUUGAGCCCCGGUACGCCAGCUCCUCCAACGGCUGGCAUUUGUAACGACGCGCCCAACAAUGUGCAACGGCCGAAUCCUACUGCCUGUAAUAAGUACUACGUCUGUGUCGGUGAAAUCGGCUGGUCCAAGUACUGUCCGCUGAACAUGUGGUUCGAUGAGGCUCGACAGACGUGCACCACCCCGGGAUUGACAAACUGCACGCUCGGACCGGAUCUACCGCCACCACGUCCGGAGAACCCUUGUGACGAUGUACCAAACCUUGCAUUCAUUCCGGACGAUUUCUUCUGCUACCAGUUCUAUCAAUGCCGUAAUGGCUAUCCGUUCCCGCUCAUCUGCCCAGCUGAUCAGUGGUUCGAUGUGAACCUGCAGCGAUGUGCCGACUACCGUAAUGUGGAGUGCGAAAUUGAUGAUGGACCACCGCCGACCAUUAGGCCAACACCCGGCAUCUGUAACGACAUCAUCGAGGAACGUUUGGUACUGCAUCCUCGCUUCUGCAACCAGUACUACAUCUGCUCGGACCAAAUCGGCGUCCCGGUAAUUUGCCCCACGGGCCUGUGGUUCGACGAGGAUACACAGUCGUGUCGCUCGCCGCUACUGGUUGAGUGUCCACAUGGUGCGACACCACCACCCUACGAUCCCUACAUGAUGUGUAACGGUGUGGAGGGUUUCGGAUUGGUGCGCCACCCGAACUUCUGCUAUCGCUACUAUCAAUGCAUCGAUGGCACACCGUAUCCGAUGAUUUGCGAAGGUGAUCUGAUAUUUGACAGAGAGCGUCAGAUUUGCGACAUACAGCAGAACGUCCAGUGUGAAGUUACGCCUCCACCAGUGGUGAAACCACCCCCAACCGUUGGCAUCUGUAACGAUGCACCAAAUGGACGAUUGGAAGGGAAUCCGCUGUACUGCAAUCAGUACUACAUCUGUAUCAACGAGAUCGGUUGGCGCUUAGUUUGUCCGCCCGGUCUUUGGUUCGAUGUCGAACGGCAGACCUGCUCGGAAGCGGGCACAAUCGAAUGUGGGCUAGCUCCAGAACGUCCUGUGACCACCCCGAACCCGUACGCACCGUGUAUUGGCAUCCCGAACAAUGCGUACGUACGCGACGAGUCCUUCUGCUAUCGGUACUUCAAGUGCGUCAAUGGAUCGCCCUUCCCCAUGAUCUGUCCCGGUGAUCAGUGGUUCGAUGAUCGUCGCCAACAAUGCCGUCCUCAUGAUGAAGUGGAGUGCAUCAUCACAGAGCCACCGACACGUCCACCACCAACUGCCGGUAUCUGCAACGGUGUGUCCAACUCGAUCCAAGUACCGAACCCGUUCAGCUGUAAUCAAUUCUACAUCUGCGUGGAUCAGAUCGGGUUCCCACAGGUCUGCCCACCCGGCAUGUGGUUCGAUGAGGACGCCCAGACGUGUCUUCUCGUAGCGGAAACGUCUUGUAAUCUGGGACCACCAACAACGACCACGAUUGCGCCCCAUCCAUGGGGACAGUGUGACGUGGCGCCUAACUUCAGUUUCGUGCGCAACGAGUACUACUGCUAUCGCUACUUCCAGUGCAUCGAUGGACGUCCCUAUCCAUUGAUCUGUCCCGGAGAGCAGUGGUUCAAUGAAGAGACGCAACGUUGUGAUGAUCAGGAGAACGUCCGUUGUAUUGUUAAUCCCUCACCACCAGCAGUUCCAGCCACGCCCGGCAUCUGCAAUGACGCUGACGAUGGUGAGAUGGUGUUGAAUCCGCGUGCCUGCAAUCAGUACUACAUCUGUGUGGAUGAGAUCGGUUAUCCGUUGCUCUGUCCGGAGGGUCUUUGGUUCGACGCACAGAGCCAACGUUGUGGACCGGCUGCGCAGGUGUACUGUCCGCUGGUACCGCCCGUCACCACGCCGGAUCCAUUCGAGCUGUGUGAUGACGUUGACGAGGGUGGAUUGUUGCGGAACGAGUUCUACUGUUACCGCUACUUCCAGUGUAAGGAAUCGAUACCGUACCCGAUGAUCUGCCGUGCUGGAUUGUGGUUCGACCAGGAGCGUCAGGUGUGUGAUGCACCCAGCAAUGUACCGUGCUUCCUGCGCCCUGGACAACCCGGCCCACCGGUGGCUACUCCAGAGAUUUGUACAGAUGUGGCAGAUGGACGAUUCACUCGCAACUGGAACUUCUGCAACCAAUAUUACUUGUGCGUAAACGAGAUCGGUUACUCGCAGAUCUGUCCCGAUGGGCUGUGGUACGACGAUGAUCGUCAGAUUUGUGAUCUACCCGAAAACGUCCAGUGUCCACUUUCGCCGACCACGAUCGCUCCCUCACCAUGGGAUCGUUGCGCCGGUGUUGAAGAUUUGUCGUUCGUGCCGGAUGAUGAUUUCUGUUAUCGCUACUAUCAGUGCUUUAACGGUAUCCCCUACCCGAUGAUCUGUCCCAACGAUCAGUGGUUCGACUAUCGGCGACAGUUGUGUGACUUUGUGCAGAACGUGCAGUGUGAGGUACAUGAUGUUCUACCACCUCCACUGCCGACCGACGGUAUCUGUACCGGACAGACCAACUCGGUGCAGGUGCUCCAUCCGGUGUUCUGUAACCGUUUCUACAUCUGCGUCGAACAGGUUGGAUUCCCGCAGAUUUGUCCAGCCGGUCUGUGGUUUGAUGAAUCACGUCAAACAUGUGCCAGUCCGACAGAGGUCGACUGCCCGAACGGGCUCACUACGACUCCCUCGCCGAUUGAAGGUAUCUGUGUGGAUGUCCCCGCCGGCACAUACGUUCCGAACCCACUCGACUGUAGCCGUUACUACGUAUGCGUUAACAUGUAUCCAUACUCUCUGGAGUGUCCCGGUGGAACCUGGUUCGAUCGCAAUUUGUUGCGUUGUGUGCCGAUCGACGAGGCGGAAUGUGCCGACACGGUCACCACCGUGCCCACACCGGGAGUUUGUAACGACAUCGAGGAUGGUGUGCGCGUACCAAGUCCGGUUAGCUGUUCGCUUUUCUACACCUGUCUGAAUGAGGUCGGGUCCCCUUCGUUCUGUCCACCUGGACUGUGGUUUAACGAGGAGCUGCAAGACUGUGACGAUCCGGAGAAUGUAGACUGCACGCUAGAACCAUCGACUACGCCACCACCCACGGGGGGUAUUUGCGAUGGACAACCGGACGGCCGGUAUGUUGCCAGCCCUUACUCAUGCACCCAGUUCUACGUGUGUGUAAACCAAACCGGCUAUCCUUCCGUUUGCCAGUCCGGAUUGUGGUUCAGCGAGGCCGCCCAAGAAUGCGUAGAUCCUUCCGAGUCGGAAUGCACUGUGUCUUAAGGAAGCGAUCGAGAUGUUGAACUAUUUGAUUUAUGAUUUAUCUUCCUUACCACAAUACGAAACGGUCAAUAAAUGUAACAAUUGCUAGGAUCAAGUGUAAUGUCUUAGCAACAAAAUGAAAUUCCCGUGUUGUCCUUCCGAAUUGUCCAAAAAUGUAAUGCGUAUUGCAUAAACGAAGGCGUUCAACCUGAUAUGUACUAAACUUAUUCGU